CUAGGAUAGUCGCAAACUCAUAACCGAAUUGGUCCUAUGGUUUCAUUUGUGCUUUCCGUCUCACUGCAUAGAUCCUACCGUACCGGACUUUCCUAUACACAACUUUACUGCUCUAGCACCUGCCAUGUAAUACCUCACCUUACCUAAGACAAACAUUGAUACGUCGUACAGAAGCAUCCAUGGAUGCGUUUUCCAAGUCAGCUUCAGGACCAAUUCUGUGGCAGUUGCUCAAAUCCAAGACCCCCCUAGAUUCCAGGGGCGUUAUUGCCCCAUCUAAAAGGCCAUGGAUUAAAAUAGCUAGCCAAGUUACCAGGAUGGGCCAAGAGUCUUGAUCUUCUCUUUAACAGUUUAAUGCAUCUUCAUUUGGCGCGCUUCGUACGCCUAGUAUCCAACCACAUAUUUGCACACGUAACACAACCCCUUAGUUCCAAGCCUCGGCGCAUCAAUACUUAUUUCUCAUUCAAUAAUCCAAUUCUUCAUCAAUUCUCUAACAUAGUUCCUAUAUAGUAGGAUAUCGUCAAGAGCCUCAUGAACUUCCCUCUUUGUUCCGAACUGCUUCAUCGAGACCGGGGUUGAAGGAGACCAUUGUCGUUUAUCGAGAAUGUCAUGAGCUCUUCAAAAUCAACUUGACCUCCCUCUCUCAUUUUCCUUUAUUUGGAACGUCUUUCUAGGUAGUCGUAUAGCACAUUCUUUUUUCUAGAUGAUUCUUAGAUACCGCCGGUUCAGGCGUAACUACUUACGCCCGAUCCUCUUCGUCCUAUUCUUCCUCUUCACCAUCGACGCCAUACUCCUCGUGCGCCGUCGUCCUAAUACCUAUCGAGCGAACCCAAACGAUAUUGACCGACGAUCCUCCUCUUCUCCGUCGGGAAACACCACAGUCUUCAUCGCAUCGGUACAUCGGAAUACGGAAGUAAUACAGAGGUCGGCAUGGAAUCAGGCGGUAUUGGCUCUGGUCGAUUACUUAGGCCCGGAGAAUGUUCAUUUAUCGGCCGUUGAAUCGGGCUCCCAGGAGGGAACAAAAGAGGCGCUGAUGGAUCUGAAGGCGGCGCUCGACGAGAGAUCUGCUUCGAAUACAAUCAAUCUGGGGUUGACGGUAUGGGAGCAAUUAGAUGAGAUUGACGCGAGGCCACCACCCGGUUCGCGGGAGCCCGGAUGGAUUUGGAACGUUGCCGAAAGUCAAUUCGAGUUGCGCCGCAUACCCUACCUUGCCAAGGUUCGCAACCAGGCCAUGGAACCGCUCAAGCAGCUGCAGAGUGAGGGGAGAAAGUUUGACAAGGUCCUAUGGUUGAACGAUGUCGUGUUUGACGUUGAGGACAUUGUCACAUUAUUCAAUACUCGCGACAAUAACUACGCAGCCGCUUGCUCCAUGGACUACAAGGUCUCGCCUCUAUACUACGACACGUUUGCGCUUCGGGAUGACAUGGGUCUGAAGACGAUAUCCCUUCAUUGGCCGUGGUUCCAAUCACCCACUUCGAGAGCAUCAGCCGAACGCAAUGCGCCAAUUCGUGUAAAAUCGUGCUGGAACGGAAUUGUGGCGUUCAACUCAGCACCCUUUUAUGCCAACCCGCCCCUCGAGUUCCGCGGUAUCGACGACACACUAGCAGAUCUACACUUAGAAGGCUCGGAGUGCUGUCUAAUACAUGCGGACAAUUACCUUACGUCUGAGAAGGGCGUAUGGCUGAAUCCGAAUGUCCGUGUCAGUUAUGGUGUUAAGGCAUAUUACCAGAUCCGGACGAACCGAUUCCCCAACCCGUUCUGGACGGUGGUGGGCGCGUGGAUCAACCGGCUUUAUAGCUGGCACGUCAGCAUCCAGAGCCGGCUCGAAAACCGGGUAGUCCAAAGUCGGGUGGAGCAAUGGAAGCUCGAAACCCCCGACGGGGACUUGCCACGAUACGAGCCCGGAGAGGCAUGUCUCAUCAACGAAAUGCAAAUAAUGUGGUCGAACGGAUGGAAACACUUGUAAAAAUACACUCUUGGUAUAGAUAAAAUGGAAUUGGCUGGAAGGAAAAGGCUUUUUGUAGAAUACCCAAAAGUCUAGGCGUUGUAUUGAAAUUUAAUCCUCUUGAAUCGC